GGGGCAAGCAGAAGAGGCCCAAGCGGAUGAGGCCCAACCUGAAGCAGAUGACGGAUAUCCUGGUGGUCCGGUUGACAGGUCUGUCAUAAGGACAUACGGGGAUCAUGUUGCGACACGACUAUGGGACGGCGUGGAUCGCGGAGAGUUAAGGAUUUUCAGCAAUGGCAAAAAAUUAAAAGAAGCUGUCAUUGAAAAUCAAGAGGUUGAGGAACUUGUUAAAAGUUUUGGUUUAUAUACAUUGCUAAAAUGCAGCUAUGAGAUGAUCGACAAAGGUCUAAUUUAUGUCUUUGUCGAGAGAUGGCAUCGCGACACCAACAACUUUCAUCUUCCAAUUGGGGAGAAGACCAUUACUUUGGACGAUGUCUCUUCGCUGCUGCAUAUACCCAUCACCGGUGCAUUCUUCAGCGUUAAUAUAUUUAACAAGGAUGACGCUGCAGAGUUGUUGGGUGAGCUUCUUGGGGUGAGUCUGGCUGCUGCAUAUGCUGAGUUUAACUUGACGCGGACAACCACUGUCGGUACAGUUGGUUGCUUGACGUAUACCAUCAGCGAUGUGCUGAUCAGCAUUGGCAGAUGGCUGCAAGGGCAUUUCUUUUAUUUUUGGUGGGUUGCACCUUGUUCAGCGACAAGAGUGCAUUCGCAGUGAGUGUUGUCUACCUUGAAUGUUUCAGAGACCUCAAUUCAUGCAGAGGAUAUGCAUGGGGUGUUGUUGCGCUUGCUUACCUAUACGACAAUCUUCGAGAAACGAGUAUGCAUCAGACUAGAACAGUAUCAGGGUAUCUGACACUAU